AUGGCAAGCUUGCCAAUUUUGGGAAUCGGAGGGCUUCUGAUUUACCUUAUAUCCAAAGCCGUCUACCGACUAUACUUCCAUCCUUUGCGAAACAUUCCAGGGCCAAAAUUGGCAGCAAUCACCCGCUUUUACGAGUUUUAUUUCAAUGUGAUUAAGCGGGGCACGUUUAUCUGGCACUUGGAAGAAUUGCAUGAGACUUACGGUCCCAUUGUUCGAAUCAGUCCACGGGAGGUCCACGUCAAGGACUCUGAGUACUAUGAUGAGAUUUAUGCAUCUAGUGGCCGAAGACGGGACAAAGACCUAACUUCUGUCGCUCGAUUUGACAUUCCCGAGUCGUCUUUCUCCAGUAUCACCCCAGAGAUCCAUCGCCAGCGCCGAGCACCGGUAGAAAAGUUCUUUUCCAAGGCAGCAAUAACUAAAACCGAAAGCACGAUUCAAUUUUGUCUCGACAAGCUCGUGCAGCAUCUUGAGCGUGCGUAUGAAUCACACAAGGUGAUUACCCUUGAUGCAGGCUUCUCGGCGAUGACCUCGGAUAUCAUCCACCAGUAUGCAUUUGGUAUCAACAGUGGAAAUCUUGACCAGGAGGACUUCAAUGAAAACUUGAGAGACGGGAUAAGUGGACUGUUCCAAUUGGGGCAUGUUGCAUACUUUUUUCCAUUCAUCCAAACCAUUCUGACCACGCUGCCUCCGUCACUGGUGAAGAUGCUUCACCCGUACGCCCUCGCUUUGAACGAUCAGAAACAAGAUAUCUGGAACCAAGUAACGAGGAUCCUCUCCGGUCAGAAUAGCGAAUCUGGAUCCGUCAUUGAAAAGAUUUCUGGGCCCGAGGUGCCGGAGCAUUUGCGGAGUGCUGAUCGCUUAACCGAUGAAGGCUUUGCGCUGGUGAUUGGAGGCACGGAAACAACCGCCCGAUCCCUUUCACUCGGAAUGUUUCACCUUCUCAGUGAGUCGCAUCUCAAAAACAAACUGCGCGACGAGCUGCGAUCGGUAAUGCCCACGCCCGAGUCUAAGCCUACUUGGAAUGAGCUGGAGCAGUUACCCUAUUUGAUGGGGGUCGUGUUAGAGACAUUACGUCUCUCAACAGGCAUUGCCAGUCGAUCUCCACGCAUUGCACCCACGGAAACGUUGGUAUACAAGGACUACACAAUUGCACCAGGCACCGUGAUCAGCCAAACGAACUACUUUGUGCUUAUGGAUCCAAACAUCUUCCCUGACCCUCAUGUCUUUGACCCGGAAAGAUGGACCCGAGCUGCGGCCAAGGGCGAGCGACUAGAUCGGUACCUGGUGAACUUCUCGAAAGGAAGUCGUAUUUGCCUGGGAAUGAACCUCGCUUAUGCGGAACUAUAUCUUGCAAUGGCAACUCUGAUUCGUCGGUUCGAUCUCGAGCUGUUCGAAACUACGAAGAAGAAUAUCGAGUUUGCGCGUGACUUUGGCACUCCCUUCCCCGACGAAGGAAAUUAUUGUAUCCGAGUACUGGUGAAGGGGAUUGUUAAAGAGUGA